CCGGCGCGGCGGCCGCUCGGCGCCUUUAAGGGAGCGGGAGGGAGCGGGGAGGCGGCGGCUGCGGUGGCGGCAGCGGAGCGCGCGGGGUGGGGGCGCGGGGCGCGGCGCUCGGAGUCCACUCGGGCCGGAGGCGGCUCGGAGCCGGGGGCCCAGCCCGGGAAGCGCGAGGAGCCGGGCAGCUCAGCGGAGCCCGCCGCCCGGGACAUGGCCAAGGCGGGCCGUGCAGGUGGCCCCACCCCGGGCGGCGGUGCCCCCUGGCACCUUCGAAAUGUCCUCAGCGACUCAGUGGAGAGCUCAGAUGAUGAAUUCUUUGAUGCAAGAGAGGAGGUGGCUGAAGGGAAGAAUGCCAUCCUCAUCGGGAUGAGCCAGUGGAAUUCGAAUGACCUGGUGGAGCAGAUGGAGACCAUGGGCAAACUGGAGGAGCAUCAAGGAGAAGGGAGCGCCCCCUGCACGUCCAGCGUCCUGCAGGAGAAGCAGAGAGAGCUGUACCGGGUCUCCUUGAGAAGACAGAAGUUCCCGGCCCAAGGAAGCAUUGAGAUCCACGAAGACAGUGAGGAAGUCUUCUCCCAGCGCUCCUGCAAGACGCAAGUGCUCCUGCUGGUGCUGCACGGGGGGAACGUCCUGGACACGGGCUCGGGGGACCCCUCCUGCAAGGCAGCCGACAUCCACACGUUCAGCUCCGUGCUGGAGAAGGUCACACGCGCCCACUUCCCUGCGGCCCUGGGCCACAUCCUCAUCAAGUUUGUCCCCUGUCCUGCCAUCUGCUCCGAGGCCUUCUCGCUGGUCUCCAACCUCAAUCCCUACAGCCAUGAUGAGGGCUGUCUCAGCAACAGCCAGGACCACGUCCCUCUGGCCGUGCUGCCCCUGUUGGCCAUCUCCUCCCCACAGUACCAGGAUGCGGUUGCCACCGUCAUCGAGCAAGCCAACCAGGUCUACGCAGAGUUCCUCAAGUCCCCGGACGGCAUCGGCUUCAGUGGGCAGGUGUGUCUCAUCGGGGACUGCGUGGGGGGCCUCCUGGCCUUUGACGCCAUCUGCUACAGUGCGGGGCCCUCGGGCGACAGCCCUGGCAGCAGCAGCCGGAAGGGGAGCGUCAGCAGCACGCAGGAUGCCCCGGGGGCGGAGGAGGAGUGCAGUCUGGCCAGCAGCAAGCGGCUCAGCAAAAGCAGCAUUGACAUCUCCAGCGUGUUGGAGGAUGAGGAGCCCAAGAGGCCGUUGCCACGGAAACAGAGCGAUUCCUCCACCUAUGACUGCGAGGCCAUCACCCAGCAUCAUGCCUUCCUAUCAAGCAUCCACUCGAGCAUGCUGAAGGAUGAGGCCGAGCCCUCUGCGGUCAGCCUGGGCCGCUUGGACUUUGACGUGUCUGACUUCUUCCUCUUCGGCUCGCCCCUGGGCCUGGUCCUGGCCAUGCGGAGGACGGUGCUGCCCGCGCUGGACGGACUCCAGGUGCGUCCGGCCUGCAGCCAGGUCUACAGCUUCUUCCACUGCGCAGACCCUUCCGCCUCACGGCUUGAGCCGCUGCUGGAGCCCAAGUUCCACCUGGUGCCGCCCGUCAGCGUGCCCCGCUACCAAAGGUUCCCGCUGGGCGAUGGGCAGUCCCUCCUCCUCGCGGAUGCCCUGCACACCCACAGCGCCCUCUUCCUGGAGGGCAGCUCCCAGGGAAGCCCGCCGAUGGUGGAUGCCCCCGCCUCGCCCCCUCAGGCCCCGCGGUCCCAGCGCCCGGGGCGGAGGAUGAGCCAGGGCAGCUCGCACAGCGAGAGCUCCGAGUCCUCAGACAGCCUGGCACCCGUCGGCGCCUCCUGCAUCACGGCCAAGUGGUGGGGUGCCAAGCGCAUCGACUACGCCCUGUACUGCCCCGAGGUCCUCACCGCCUUCCCCACUGUGGCGCUGCCCCACCUCUUCCACGCCAGCUACUGGGAGUCCACGGACGUGGUGGCCUUCAUCCUGAGACAGGUGAUGCGCUAUGAGAGUGUGACCAUCAAGGAGAGCGACGGCUUGGAUCCUGCCACCCUGAGCCCCACUAACCCCCGAGAGAAGUGGCUUCGUAAGAGGACCCAGGUCAAGCUGCGGAACGUCACUGCCAACCACCGGGCCAACGACGUGAUUGCCGCCGAAGACGGCCCCCAGGUCCUGGUGGGACGGUUCAUGUACGGGCCCCUGGACAUGGUGGCUCUGACGGGAGAGAAGGUGGACAUCCUGGUGAUGGCGGAGCCGUCCUCGGGCCGCUGGGUGCACCUGGACACGGAGAUCACCAACAGCAGCGGCCGGAUCACCUACAGCGUGCCGAGGCCCCGGCGCCUGGGGGUGGGCGUGUACCCCGUGAAGAUGGUGGUCAGGGGCGACCAGACCUGUGCGAUGAGCUACCUCACGGUGCUGCCCCGUGGCAUGGAGUGCGUGGUAUUCAGCAUCGACGGGUCCUUUGCCGCCAGCGUGUCCAUCAUGGGAAGUGACCCCAAGGUCCGGCCGGGGGCAGUGGACGUUGUGCGGCACUGGCAAGACCUGGGCUACAUGAUCCUCUACAUCACGGGGCGGCCGGACAUGCAGAAGCAGCGGGUGGUCUCCUGGCUGUCCCAGCACAACUUCCCACAGGGCAUGAUCUUCUUCUCGGACGGGCUGGUGCACGACCCGCUGCGGCAGAAAGCCAUCUUCCUCCGCAACCUCGUGCAGGAGUGCUUCAUCAAGAUCAGCGCUGCCUAUGGCUCCACGAAGGACAUCUCCGUCUACAGCGUGCUGGGCCUGCCACCCUCCCAGAUCUUCAUCGUGGGCCGGCCCACCAAGAAGUACCAAACCCAGUGCCAGUUCCUGAGCGAGGGCUACGCCGCCCACCUGGCCGCCCUGGAGACCGGCCACCGCGCGCGCCCCAAGAAGAACAACUCGCGAAUGGUCCUGCGCAAGGGCAGCUUCGGCCUCCACGCGCAGCCCGACUUCCUCCGCAAGCGCAGCCACCUGCGCAGGACCCUGUCGGUGCAGCAGCCCGACCCGCCCGCCAACCCCAAGCCCGAGCGCGCCCAGAGCCAGCCCGAGUCCGACAAGGACCACGAGCGGCCCCUGUCCGCGCUCAGCUGGGCGCGCGGGACCCCCAAGUUCGAGUCGGUGCCCUGAGGGUGGGCUGUGCUCGGAGCAGGGGGCCCCUACCUGGCUGCCUGCGGGGACGGGAGCGGCUGCCUUCUCCCGGUCACAGGCCCUUUCUUGCUUUUUCCCUCCCGUGUCUGUCCAGUAGUGUCUGACCACAGGGGGGAGGGGCCCUACCCGGCCUUGGGGGGCUCCCUCGGCUGCCAGGGGGUGAGAUCCCCGGUCUCAGUGCAGCCACUGCUGCCUCCCGGGUGCCUGCGGCUUCAAGCCCUAAUCGGGGUUGAUGUCUGUGAGGUGGGUGCAGGCCUGCCCGGAGCUGGAGUGUUGGACAAAGGCGACCAUCUUUCUGGGUCCUCCGGGCUUCCAAGGUCAUGCGAGGCAGGCCCCGAAGGGAGAAGCCCCCAGACCGGGGAUCCAGGGCCGCUGGCAGGAGGAGAGGCGAGUGGCAUUGGUGCCUGAUAUCCUGAGUCACCACCUUGGGCGUGGCUCUCCUAUGGCAAAGCAGCCACUUUCUGGGAGAGAAGAGGGUGCCCCCUGGGCCAAGCUAUGUUCAGGUGUCUGUCCCCAGCCCUGGGGGGAGGGGUCUGGUGCUGACGGGCUGUCCUGCAGCUGUUCAAGUCCCGCCUUCUGUCCUCAGUACCUUCACCACUCUCCUGUGGGCCGGAGGGCAGUUGUUCCUCUUUCUGGAGUCCUGCCUGGUGCCGUCCCCUGGGAGGCUGCGGCCUUGGGCUCUGGCCUAGCUGGGCUGGCUGUGAGCCCUUGAGCCAGCUGCUUGCCCUCUCUGGGCCCUGCCUUCCUAUGUAAUUGCGGGAUCUCCCCAGCUGAGAUCCGAUGGGGGCGCGUUUUGACUCUUAGGCUAUCCCGCACUUCUGCCCCAUGAGGCUUUCCAGGCCCUGAGCUCCUCAGAGGGCUCAGGGAUCCAUCCUGUCCCCACAGUCGGAGAGUGGGACUUAGAGUGGGCGGGAGGGAGCAGCUAUUACCCCACCGCUUCGGAGAGAUGCCCCUGGGGCUGGGGGAGAGGUCCCAGCUCCUUGGAGAGGUGGUU